UUCUCCUCUGCGGCCUCAGGGAGCACAUCUCCUUGCCUGUACCAGAGUGGGCAGCUGGCAGAGCCGUACCCUCCUCACUUCUCCACCUUUUGCCCAGGAUCCAGGUCCCCAGCACAGCCUGGAGAUGUACCCUGGCACUGGGAGCACUGGCUGCAGGCCGGCAAGGACAGCUAUGAGGGACGUGCUCGGGUCUGGGUACCAGCGGAACCUCAUCCAUCUUGCCUGGAUGUGCCUGUUUGCCAUCAUCCCGCAUUGUGGGGCCAAGGUGCUGGAGAAGACCUUUGAGGAGUGGAUGCGGUACCGUGAUGAGUGCUUGAGGAAGAUGGCAAGUGAGCCCUACCCGGCAGGGCUUUUCUGCAACCGGACAUUCGACAUGUAUGCCUGCUGGCCCGAUGGGAGCCCCGGCACUGCCGUCAAUGUCUCCUGCCCUUUCUACCUGCCUUGGUUUGAGAAAGUGAAACACGGGCUAGUGAGCCGCAGGUGUGGCACUGACGGGCAGUGGGUGACGGUGAACGGCAGCCAGCCCUGGCGGGACUACUCGCAGUGCGAGGAGGAGAUGGAGUCUGCCAUCGAGGAGGAGGGUGCCCGCCAGCUGAUGGUGAGCUUCAAAGUGCUCUACACUGUGGGGUACUCGCUGUCGCUCCUGACCCUUGUCUCUGCCCUGCUUGUCCUCACUGUCUUCAGGAAGCUCCGCUGCACCAGGAACUACAUCCAUGCCAACCUCUUUGCCUCCUUUGGGCUGCGGGCGACCUCAGUGAUGGUGAAGGAUGCGCUGCUGGAAAAGCGCUGGGGCAUGGAGGUGGUGCAGGUGGCUGACUGGGAGGCUCUGCUGAGCCACGAGGCGGCGCUGGGCUGCCGGGCCGCACAAGUGCUGAUGCAGUACUGCAUCCUGGCCAACCACUACUGGUUCCUGGUGGAAGCUGUCUACCUCUACAAGCUGCUGAUCGGGGCCGUCUUCUCCGAGAAGAAUUACUACAGGCUCUACCUCUACCUGGGCUGGGGGACCCCCGUGGUGUUCGUCGUGCCCUGGAUAGCCGCCAAGUACCUGAAGGAGAAUGUGGAGUGCUGGGGACUGAAUGAGAACAUGGCUUACUGGUGGAUCAUCCGCAUCCCCAUCCUGCUCGCCUCCCUGAUCAACCUGCUGAUCUUCAUGAGGAUCCUCAAGGUGAUCCUGGCCAAGCUCCGUGCCAACCAGAAGGGCUACGCAGACUACAAGCUGCGGCUGGCCAAAGCCACGCUUACCCUCAUCCCCCUCUUUGGGAUCCACGAGGUUGUCUUCAUCUUUGCCACGGAUGAGCAAACCACAGGCAUCCUGCGCUACGUCAAGGUGUUCUUCACCCUCUUCCUCAACUCCUUCCAGGGCUUCCUGGUGGCCGUGCUGUACUGCUUCGCCAAUAAGGAGGUGAAGUCAGAGAUGAAGAAGAAGUGGCAGCUCUGGAAGCUCGACCACCCGGCGCUCUGCUGUGCCCAGUGAUGCAGCAACCAGCCCCGCAGAGCCAGAGAGGCAUUGCUGGCCGUGACAGGCACGGGGGCCCGGCUGGAGGGCAGGGGGGGCAUGGGGAAGCUAAGCUGUGACAGCACCCACCCGGGACGGCCAGGAUGGGACCAGUGUCUCAGCUGUGCUGCACCUGAGAGCACUGGAGCUGCUGGAGGGGACGUCCCCCCGCUGCGCUCUGAGGGGAGACAUGCACCCUUGGCUCUUACCAGACAUUGCUGCUCCCUCAGAAGAGCCUCACCUCGCUUGGGCUUGGUGAACUGCUUGGGGAGAUGCACCUGCUGCUUUCUCUCGCUGCCUGAACACCAUCAGCUACCUCGGUUGGCAUCCACCAGAUAUGCUCCUGGGAAACCCCCUUCCCAUCCACACCAGCCUGGGCAUCUGCAGGAGGUGAUCAUUGUGGCUGGAGAGGGAGCCUGGCCACCACCACCAGCAGCGGGCAAGCAGCAGGGACUGGGAGAUGCUGCUCAUCCGGGUGCUGCUGCCCCGCUGCCCAGAUGAACAAGCACCUCCUGCUGCAGCCUGGGCCAUGCCAGCACUGCUCCGAUCCAGGGCAUCGCUUUCAUGCUCUCCUUUCCCUAAGCAAGGACCAUUUCACAAACACCCUGUGAGCUCUGAGCUAUCCAUCCCAGGGUCAUCCUGAAAAGCAACUUUUCAUAGUGAGGUGCUGCUUCUGCACCUUCUCACCACCCUCAUCACUGAUACAGAAUAUGGCAUCAGCACCUGCCGCCCUCCUCGCUGCCCUCCAGCUGCACAAAACACCAGCUUUCCUCCUCAUUGAGCUCCUCCUGCCGCAGGUCCCCCCAAAGCCCUCCUUCGCAGUGAGCAGAGCCGAGGCAGCAGGCAUGCAUGUAGCUCCCCUUAGCGCUUGAGCACUUGACUGUUGUAUUUACCCUAUGCACUAAGGGCAGUAAUGCUUCUCCUUUGGUGGUGGGGUGGAAAAAAGUCACAGGGGAGGGUAAAGGACUUCAGAGCACCAGCCAGCCUACAGCUGAGCUGGGAGCUGAGCCCAACCUCUCACAGCCCAGGCCCAGAGUACAGCCCAGCCACCUCCCGCUUUGCAGCAGGGAGAGCUGCGAAACCGCAGGCAGGAAGCACCCUCAGCCCAGGAAGCAUUUUGCUGACAAGAAGCUGGGCAUUUCUGAGCUUCUAUUGCACAGCUAAGGUUCAAGAUGUUUGCUUUCCAGUAGGGCACCAAAGCAGCAGCUGCCUACCCUGGCGAACCCUGAGCCCAGGAGCAUCUACACCUCUGCAAGAGAAGCAUCUGCAGUAUGUGGUUCACGCAGUGCUGCUUAUGCAUAGCUGUGUGCGUCUGGCUUGCUGCUCCCACCCUGGGACUGGUCCUGGUGCUCUCCAGUAAGAGCUGAGAGCAGCAGCAGGUGCCACCACCACAUGGGCCCCUCUUGCUCUUCCCUUCAGGACAGACAUGCUGCUGAGUCUGUUGUUCCUACAGCACAAUGCUUUAUGUUGCAGAAAAGGCCACUCCAGGAGGGAGAAAGCCACUUUUACUCUCCCCUACAUGCAAGUGGACACAGGUGGUUCUCCAUUUCCAGCCCCCUUCACUUACAGGCUUGGGGAGAGCCUUUUGCAGAUGCAGCGCCUCAAGGAGGGCUGCCUUGAGUACAGAAAGGAAAGAGGCUGCACCAGGCUCAGCAGCAGUUGUGUUCAAGGCUGGAGAGUCAUGCAGGAGUUUUCCUGGAUCAAUGUAAGCCCUGAGACACCAUUUUGCACAUUAACACUCUCUUCAGAUGUAAAUAAACAUUUAUUUUU